UUCACUGUCGAGGGUACGCGCGCCGCCAGCCAGCCUGCGUGACCUAGGCCCCGGUGCUCGCUGACAAGUUUUCCAGGCGUGAGGUUGCCUCCGCGCAAGGGAAAAGGGGCUGCAGAGUCGGGACCGGCUGGCGCCAUGGGCAGUAGCUGUCGCAUCGAAUGCAUAUUCUUCAGCGAGUUCCAUCCCACACUGGGACCCAAGAUCACCUAUCAGGUCCCUGAGGACUUCAUCUCCCGGGAGCUGUUUGACACCGUCCAAGUAUACAUCAUCACCAAGCCAGAGCUCCAGAACAAGCUCAUCACUGUCACAGCUAUGGAAAAGAAGCUGAUUGGCUGCCCCGUGUGCAUUGAACACAAGAAGUAUAGCCGAAAUGCCCUCCUCUUCAACCUAGGCUUUGUGUGUGAUGCCCAGGCUAAGACCUGUGCCCUCGAGCCCAUUGUUAAAAAGCUGGCUGGCUACCUGACAACACUGGAGCUAGAGAGCAGCUUUGUAUCCACGGAGGAAAGCAAGCAGAAGUUGGUGCCCAUCAUGACCAUCUUACUGGAGGAGCUUAAUGCCUCUGGCCGGUGCACCCUGCCCAUCGAUGAAUCCAACACCAUCCACUUGAAGGUGAUAGAGCAGCGGCCUGAUCCUCCCGUAGCCCAAGAGUAUGAUGUGCCUGUCUUCACUAAGGACAAGGAGGAUUUCUUCAACUCACAGUGGGACCUCACCACACAACAGAUCCUGCCCUACAUUGAUGGUUUCCGCCACGUCCAGAAAAUCUCUGCUGAGGCAGAUGUGGAGCUCAAUCUAGUGCGCAUCGCCAUCCAGAACCUGCUGUAUUAUGGUGUUGUAACACUGGUGUCCAUCCUCCAGUACUCUAAUGUAUACUGCCCGACACCCAAGGUCCAGGAUCUGGUAGAUGACAAGUCCUUGCAGGAGGCAUGUCUAUCCUACGUGACCAAACAAGGACACAAAAGAGCCAGUCUCCGGGAUGUAUUCCAGCUGUACUGCAGUCUGAGCCCUGGAACCACUGUGCGAGACCUCAUUGGCCGCCACCCCCAGCAGCUACAGCACGUUGAUGAACGGAAGCUGAUCCAGUUUGGGCUUAUGAAGAACCUCAUCCGACGAUUACAGAAGUAUCCAGUCCGGGUGUCUCGGGAGGAGCGAAGCCACCCUGCCCGUCUUUACACAGGCUGCCACAGCUAUGAUGAGAUCUGCUGCAAGACAGGCAUGAGCUACCAUGAGCUGGAUGAACGGCUGGAAAAUGACCCUAACAUCAUCAUCUGCUGGAAAUGAGACAGACUGGCUGGGAUAUAUUUUCCUGUGGCAACUCCCUUCUGCUAAGCCCUGCCUGGUGCAUGGGAGCUAGACAAGUAGGCUAAUCCAUACUGUGUGGAGGUUGACCCUCAGUUCUAUAAAUAAAAUCAUUCAUUUCA